CUUAGAUUCUAUACCUCGCAAACUCUUUUUGAGGUUUCUCUCUGCCUAUUCCCGUAGUCCCAUGGCGAAGAACAGAAACAAGAAGAAGAAAGAUGGUGCUUCAGCCAUGGAUACCUCUGGCUCUACACAGAACCAAGAAGAUCUUCCUCAAGCGAUGGACACAACCGAAACAAUAGCUUCAAAGGCUCCUGGUGUUCUCAACAGGAAGAUAAAGAAGGGUGUUGCGAUAAGGAGAUCAAAGAACCUUCGUAAGAUGAAAGCCGUCGAGAAGGCUAUUUCAAGAGGUGAAAAGGAACAAGAGAGAAUCGUGAAGAACGAAAACAAAACAUCGAGAACACAAUCCGCUAAAACAUUGUAUGAGUAGAUAUUGUUUUAGCCUUAAUUUAAAUGGCGGUGCAAAAUAGAUAUAUUGUUGGUCUUAAUUUUAAAUGACCAGGUAAAAUAAUUGCGGCAGAGCCGCAGAGAUUAUCUUGUCUUUGUUUUCCACCUUAUAACCUUUCAUCUUGAAUUUGAUUAACCAUCAAGGUUGUAUUACUCUGUACCAAGGUUUGAAAAAUGGGUCAUGACUCAGGUCAUGGCUACUGCGUGUGACUGUUAUAACGCGUUUUGACGGGUGUAAGCACGUUUCGGGUCAAAAAAUACAUUGUUUAUUUCGCUA